AUGUCGUCGUCCAAGCCUGUAACUGCGAAACCAAGCGACAAACCAAGGAGGAAGAUCUGUGUCUUGGGAAGCAGAAACGUUGGAAAAUCGUCACUGGUAGUGCAAUUCGUUGAAGGCGUCUUUGUCGAUUCUUACUAUCCAACUAUCGAAACAACUUUCACAAAGUCCAUCAAGUACAAAGGCGCUGAGUAUGAGUGCGAUAUCCUCGACACAGCUGGUCAGGAUGAAUACUCCCUCAUUAACUCCAAACACGCUAUCGGUAUCCACGGCUACAUGUUGGUCUUCUCUCUAGCCUCACGCGCUUCGUUUGAGAUGGUCGCUACUGUUCAUGAUAAGCUACUCGCUUACCACGGCUUAGAAGCCUUGCCUGUUGUCGUUAUUGGUCAGAAGAGCGACAUUGUCCAGCAGCGCGUUGUCGAAAGAGAAGAAGCCGAGCAAAUGUCCAAAGAAUUGAAUGCUUCGUAUGUAGAGGUUUCAGCAGCAGCAAAUGAAAACGUUUCUAAAGCAUUUGAGUCAAUGCUCGCUGAGAUAGAGUCUAGAAACGUUCCACCAUCUGGAGAAGGUGGAAGCCAGGGUAAAUGCGUAUUACAAUGA